UAAGAAACCUCUCAUACUCUCACAGCACUGUGACCGUUUCUGCGUCGGCAUCUGCCGCUACUGGGGACGAAUUCCAGUUCGAUGUCGUAAUUGUCUCCACAGAAGAGCGUGUGGUCAGGGAAGAAGAUGACACCAUCCCUUUCUGCAACGUCACCUCGGUGACAGGUAGUUGUGACGUCACAAUGCUUGACCCUUGUGUGUGCAGCCAGUACAAGUGGUCAGGGUCUGCUGAAAUCAGAGACGAUGGGUUCGGACUCUACCAAGUGACCGCUUCUAUUAAUGCAACAGGAUCGUUCCGACACGACAAUUUCACCCUUGGUUACAACGGCACCGUAUCAGCUACCAUCACGGGCGACUGUUGUAAAGCACUUGUCUACAUCAUCGCUGUCGACCUCGCCAGCAACACCGGUCAGUGUGUGUUUGAUCUCGCCCCAGGACUGACGAAGCCAUUUCAGUCCUGCAAGCCAACAACUCAGCCCCCCGACGCCCGGUCCAAUGAACUUGUUACCAUCGUCGCUGCUGUCGGAGGUGUUGGACUCAUCAUCCUUGUGCUUGUCAUCACUGUGGUCAUUGUCGUCAUCAGAGGCAGAGGAAGGAAGAAGACCGCUGGUUGAUUUUAUCACCACAGUCUUUGAGUAACGGGUUUACCGACCUACAAACCUACUGACUUCAUGUAAAUAUGCUUACAACUUGAUAGACUUCUACGUGUCUUCCUCUUUUAAAUCUGGAUUGUUUCCCUUCCGGACAUCCUGGGAAUUUACUUUUAGACCUGUUUACACUUUCUGUUUGUAAUGUUUGUUUUAGAUCUACUUAUGCAGAGAACAUUUGUUCUAUUCUGAUCAUUAUUACAUUCUUAAAGAUUUGUAUGCAGUAUAUAUAUACUUCUUGACGGAUUAAAUUCUUAUCUAUACUGUAA